AUGACCCUACCGGCAAUGUCUCCCUCAGCUCAACUAGACAUCGAAGGCGGGCGGAGCCGCACUAAUGGCCACGACGGCGGGCGAGCCCUAGUGCCCGGCGUCUAUGUGCCGACAGUAGUCUUCUUCGAUGCCAACACUGAGGCUCUGGAUCUCAAGGCGCUAUCCCGGCACUCGGUACGCCUAGCUCGCGCCGGAGUCACCGGUAUAGCGGUCCAAGGGUCAAACGGGGAGGCUGUCCACUUGACUCAUGACGAACGGCAACGCAUCAUCCAGACAACGCGGACGGCGCUGGACGACGCCGGCUUCACCUCCAUGCCGGUGCUCGUUGGCUGCGGCGCCCAGUCCACAAGGGAGGCCAUCGAUCUGUGCGAGCAGGCACACGAAUAUGGCGGCGACUAUGCUCUGGUUCUGCCGCCAAACUACUACAGAGGCUUGUUCAAUGCAUCCACGAUAGCAGAGUACUUCACGGCCGUGGCGGACGCUUCGCCCAUUCCUCUAAUCAUCUACAACUAUCCACAAGCUACGGGCGUCGAUCUCACCUCUGACGCGCUCAUCUCCCUGGGGAGCCACCCGAACAUCGUUGGAUGCAAGUUCACCUGCGGAAACACAGGCAAGCUAGGCCGCGUUGCCUCCGCCUUCACCGGCGCAAAGACCGGCAGCCUUCUCUGCUUCGCCGGCUCGGUGGACUUCUUCCUGCCGAGCCUGAUCACCGGCAGCGCGGGCGUCAUCGGAGGUCUUGCAAACAUCUCGCCCAAGGCCGUCGUGCGUCUGCUCCAGCUGUACCAGCAGGGUCGCGACGAGGAGGCGAAUGUUCUGCAUGAUGUGCUCGGGCGCGCGGACUGGGCGGCCAUCCAGACGGGCGUCGUCGGGACCAAGGUUGCUAUGGAGGAAUUCUAUGGCUACGGAGGCUGGGCGCGCAAGCCGCUCCCCCGGCCGGAGGGCCUGGAGAGGGCGAAGAUCAUCGACGGAUUCAGGGAAAUCGUCGAGUUGGAGAAGACUCUCUGA